UGGGUGGGAGCAGCGUGCAGGCUACCAGCACCAAGUGGUGCGCCUCUCGGGGGUGUGUGCAGAAGGCUCCAGGAUAAAUAGGAGGCUCCCAGCCCUGGGCGACACUGGAGCCCUCUGGCUGCCCGCCCUGGUGUUUCCCUGCCCUGUAGCCAGGCUGCCUGCUGCGUAGUUUCGUUUCCUCCUGGCUCAGGGAUUAGUUUCCAAGCACCCUCUCGGUGCCGGGGCCCGUGAGGGCAAGAAGAAGGAGCAGGGAGACUCUUCCAGGGGCUGCCCUGCCCCGGCACAGCACGGUUGAUGGACCCGGCCGCCCCGGGCAGCGGCGUCAGCUCCCUGCCGCUUCUCCUGGUUCUUGCCCUGGGUCUUGCAGUUCUCCACUGUGUGGUGGCAGAUGGGAACACAACCAGAACACCUGAAGCCAAUGGCUCUCUCUGUGGAGCUCCUGGGGAAAACUGCACAGGCACAACCCCUAGACAGAAACUAAAGACCCACUUCUCACGGUGUCCCAAGCAGUACAAGCAUUACUGCAUCCAUGGGAGAUGCCGCUUCGUGGCGGACGAGCAAACUCCCUCCUGCAUCUGUGAGAAAGGCUACUUCGGGGCACGGUGUGAGAGAGUAGAUUUGUUUUACCUCCAGCAAGACCGAGGGCAGAUCCUGGUGAUCUGCUUGAUUGUGGUCAUGGUGGUAUUCAUCAUUCUGGUCAUCUGUGUCUGCACCUGCUGUCAUCCCCUUCGGAAAAACCGUAAAAAAAGGAAGGAAAAGAACAUGGAAACUCUGGGUAAAGAUAAAACUCCCAUAAGUGAAGAUAUUCAAGAGACCAAUAUUGCCUAAUGGUUACAAAGUUACUGUGCGCUGGUGGGGAGCUACAAAACACCUUGCUCAUUUGCAGAUGGACAGGACGUGUCUCAGGAAAACAGCUAGCAGAAAUGAAUGUUUAAAUAUUGUAUUUACCUUUUUAUUUUUAUUUGUAACUUUGUGUUGUUUGUUAUUGUUUUUAGUAAUAUUUUUUAUUAUGGUCUAAUAAUUGAGGACCUGGCUAGAUAGCAUUAAAAAGAAGGGACAUUUCAAGAUAAGCUUUGUUGCCAGGAUUAUUAGUCAAAUAAAAGAGAAGGAGGAAAGAGGUUAGAUUUUUAAGAAUUGAUCAUAAGUCUCACCAGCAAUGCACACUUAUUGUAUGCUAAAUUUGGAAUAUAUUAUUUACUUUUAUCCUCCAACAGUCUGUGAGAGAGCAUAUUUCUGUUCUCAUUCCCAUAUAUACAAAAAUUAAAUAAUCUCACUUAGACUUAAAGAUGGAGGAACUGACGGAGUCAGAGCUGAGAUGGACCCAGAUUCAGAGCUAGUGCUCUUAUCGUUGUUAAUUUAGGCUCCUGUAAUAAUGUAACCCAAGAUUUCUUCCUGGAUUGUGCUUUGCUAUGAUUCUAAGGUGGUAGGGCAGUUUUCCCAGAUUAUCACAGACUAUUGAGUCAUGGCCAGUGCUGAUGUCAUCAUCAUGAUUUUUGCAAAGUUGACUUCUAUGAUUACUAUUAUUAUUAUUAUUAUUAUUAUUAUUAUUAUUAUUGUUUUGCUUUUCCACAAAGUCUCAGUGGCAUGAGUAAAUUCUUAUAUUUUUCAAAACAAAUAGAUUUGUCCCAUAAUUAUAGUAAUAAAUAUAGAUGGAAAAGUUAAUGACUG